UUCAAUACAAAACACACCAGUGUCCACGCCGUGUCGCCCGUCGCUUCAAUCUUGAUUUUUUUCGUCCGUGCACGUUUUGUUUUUAUUAAUUAAAAAAUUAGAUUGAAUAAAUAAAAUGAAAACGAGCAAUACGAAGGCGAAAAAUUAAAUAACUAGAAUCAAAGAACAGCAGUCGAGGAGUUGGGCCUGCGUGUGUGUGAUUGUGUGGAGUGUAGUGUGAGUGUUCGUGUAUGUGUUUAUAAAUAAAACGCUCAGAAGCUGCGUGCGAAAAGCAGACGCGAAGAAAAAUAAAAAAGAAUGAGCAGCGGAAAAGAAAGUGUUUUUUAGCAUUACUCUCCCAAGCAUACGAUACGAAAAGGAAUAUCAAUUUUUUAAAGUGCAAUCUGUCCGCAGCGAGAGCGUUUCCCAAGAGUUCAACCUGCCAAGGAGACCGAAUUGAGAGAGAGUUGCAACCUUUUGCCAGCCAGCCAGGCAACAUCCAAAAUUGUGUGCUUAAAUGGAUGCAACAUCAAUAAUCACACAAGUGUCCCGCGAUGAUGAGCAACUGAAUGUUUAUCCCAGCUAUCCGAAUGAUAAAGACGAUGUGGAACGCUUAAAGCCACAAAAGCGAGGAUUUAUCCAGUCCCUGCUCUGCUGUUGGCGACGAAAUCGAACAAAAACCAAUCAGAAUGGCACGCAAAUCGAUGGCUCGACUACACCGCCACCUUUACAGGACCAACAAAGGUACCUACUACCUCAGGUUAGGCUCACCGAUAUGCACAGAAAGUGCAUGGUUAUCGACUUGGAUGAGACCCUAGUGCAUAGUAGUUUUAAGCCCAUUCCGAAUGCAGACUUCAUAGUGCCCGUGGAGAUCGAUGGAACCGUACAUCAGGUGUACGUUCUGAAGCGACCGCAUGUGGAUGAGUUUCUGCAGAAGAUGGGCGAGUUGUACGAGUGCGUUUUGUUUACAGCAUCACUAGCCAAAUAUGCAGAUCCCGUAGCAGAUCUGUUAGACAAGUGGAAUGUGUUUCGUGCAAGACUGUUUAGGGAAUCGUGCGUUUACUACAGGGGUAAUUACAUUAAGGAUCUUAAUCGUUUGGGUCGUGAUCUGCAAAAGAUUGUCAUUGUUGACAAUUCACCGGCCAGUUAUAUAUUUCAUCCAGAUAAUGCAGUUCCUGUAAAGUCUUGGUUCGACGAUGUCACCGACUGUGAACUACGCGAACUGAUACCGCUCUUCGAGAAGCUAAGCAAAGUUGAUUCCGUCUAUUCGGUGCUCUGCAAUUCAAAUCAGCCGCUGAACAAUCAUCAAACGAACCAGCACCAGCUGCAGCAGCAACAGCAGCAUACACAGGAGCUGCAGCAGGCACCCAAUCAGCUACAGCAGCAGCAGCAACAACAACAGACCAUCUCUGCCACGACAGUUAUUACACAGGCAACCACACUGUCUGCCCCGACCAUGCUGCAACAACAGUCGCCCAGUCCGCCCAGCCCACAAAGCGAGCUGCUGCAAAAGACGUAACAUCAGUGGGAAUUAAUGUUUAUAAAUAUAUGAUAAACGUUUAUACAUAUUAAUACAAGACCAAGCAGGCAUAUAAGCAAGCAAACAAACAAACAAACACGCCCAUGCCCAUGCCCAUGCCCAUGCCCACGCCCACGCCACAACACAACACAACACACCACACCACACACGUCACUUUUCUCAGACCCUUUCUUCAGUCUCAUCUCUUAUCUCUUAUCUACCACCACCGCUCGACAUACGUAGGCUUAAGGCUUCUUUUUAUAUACAUAUAUAUAAUAUAUAUGUUUUAUAAUUUUGAUGAAAACCAAGACCCCCUACUUACACAUUUCUUAUUUAUUCUUGUUUUUUUUUCGUUUUGCUUUAAUUAUUAAAUUUUUAUUGUGUUUGAAACGAUUGCUAAUCGCUGGAUAUGUUGUUCUGCGUGCGUGCGGGCGCGGGUACCCUAUAGCGGGGGUACACUAAAGCCCAGGCAUCAGCAUAAGCCCCAUGUAUAACCUAUUCCCCAGUCCACCCAAUAAUCAUUGAACUUUUUAUAUACACUCUAUAUAUGUAAAUCUGUAAGCGUAUUUAAUGGACAACCAACUGAGCAAGCAAAAAGAUUUAAUAACAAAUAACAUGGAAAAGAAAAGAAAACAAAACAAAUGAAAAGAAAAGAAAAAAGAUGAUUAACUAUACAUAUGAGCAGAGAGAUAAAAUCAAAUUCAAAAUAGCAUAUAUUUAUAUAUAUUUUUUAUUAAAAAGAA